AUGAAUUAAGAUGAUCACAAUUCCAAUGAACACAAGGUUGAAAAGUAACUCCACUAUUAUGAUUAAGAAUGGCCACAACAACCACCCUCCUUAUCUCCAAGAUUCACUCCUUAACAAUGUUAUCUCUUUCCUCCUCAAAAUAUGUCAAACUUCAAUCUUCAUGCUGAGCCUGAAUUUUAAGAUAAAAACAAACCCAAAUACCCGUUUCGAAAAUUAUCAGCAGGAGAUGCUCCUGAUGAAGAGGAUCAAUUUCGACAGCCUUACAAUCAUUACUAUUAAUAGCUGCCCCCAUAAAUGAAAUAUCCUCAAAAUACCCCUUAUAUGCAUAUGAAAUAUCCUGUGCCCUAUCCUCACCCCUGGUAUAGACAUCCAUAUCCUCCUUUCUAUUAUCCACCUUUUGAUUCAUCGUAAUACUAAAACACCCUAUCCAAAGAACUUCAGUCCAAAGUCAACCAACUCGUUCAAUUUUAGAAGGUCUCUCCCUUUCAAUGUAAUUGCAAGAAAAGCAAAUGUCUAAAGUUGUAUUGCGAAUGCUUUGCUAAUAAUUGGGUCUGCUCUUAAAGCUGCAAUUGUACUGAAUGUAAAAAUAGAAUUGAUAACCCUAAUGAGAGAUCAAAAGCCAUUGAGGAAGCCUUACUAAGAAAUCCCGAAGCCUUUUCUACAAUCCUAACUAACAAUGGCUAAUAACCAUAAAUAAUUCCAGAACCCAAAUCAUAAAAAGAAUAAAGUAAAGAAACCAAGAAAGGAUGCAAUUGCAAGAAAUCCGAAUGCAAAAAGAAAUAUUGUGAAUGCUAUAGUAUCAAUUAAAAAUGCACUGAUUUAUGCAAAUGCGAAAAUUGUUUAAACAAAGAGGAACCAUAAGAACAAAUACAACCCUAAAAAUAAGAAAACGAUCCUCCAGCGCAAUAAUAGUUACAAAAAUAGGAUGUCAUGUCGAAAAAGGACUAAAAGUCAAAAAAAAUAAAAAAAGAAGAAGUUUAAAUUAAAAACAAUACUAAAAAUCAAAAAAGGUAAAGAAAGAAUUGA